AUGGGCCUUUUUCUUUCGAAGGCUAACUACAAGAACGGGACACCGACCUUUAAAGGGGCGACGCAGGUGUACCCCAUGUUUAACGGCCUGCUCUUCCGCCUGUGUGACCCCCGCAAGAAGCGCUGGGGCUUCUACAACGACUCCCCUGAAUACACCAUGCAUGUCGCCAUCCUCUUCAAAGACGACAGCCAUAUUGUGCCGCUCGGCUCCGCUACCUUACACCGCACUACGGGCCCUGAGAACGGCAAAAGUGACAAAAAGAGGUGGCACGUCGUGGAGGUGGACAUCGCCCCCCUCACCACGGAGAUGUUCGUGGAGGGGCAAGUCACCGGGUGGGACAUCGACACCCUCGAGGCGCGGACGUCUACGGAUGGGCGGGUUUUCCGUCUGCGCGAGCAAAAAGACCGCAACAAUAAAUAUAUGGGUCUUAUGACACCAACAUGGCGGAAUAGUGUGGGAUAG